GGCGAGGAGGUGCCCCUCUGCCCGCGCUGCUCGCUGCCAGUUGGGGAGUUCGCCUACCAGGGCCGCGAGGGCAAGCAGGCGUGCGUGCACACGGAGUGCAUGGCCCAGGUGCUGACGCAGGAUGCUCAGCGUGAGGAGGACGCCCGGAUAAGGCGGGAGAACAUCAAGAAGGAGAAGAACCGCCGGGAGUAUGACAUUGGUUGGCGCGUGGAGAGCGUGCCCAAGAGCGCGCCGCUUGCGGAACGCAUGGGCUGCAGCCCUGCUCCUCAGGGUCUGUGCUGCCUGGUGCUUGACGACGCGUCGCGCACGGUCAAGGUCGCGGCGACCUCGGAGCCCUCUGCCGCAGUGAACUUGGAGUACCUCCUCCUUGCGCUGAAGGUGCGCAAGACUGCUUCCCGCGAGCCUCUCUUCUCCCUGGACCCUGUGGACCCACAGAACCUGGAGAAGACGCCGCAGAAGAAGGUCUACGAGCCGAGUUGGCUUGCCGGGACCAGCGUGGGCGACGUGAUGUUCCAGGCCGACUACUUCCUGAAGGAGUUGGCGCUUGGAGAGUACGACAUGCCUGUGGUCGGCAUGCUGAGCGUCUUCGAUUGGUCGGAGAUGAAGGACAAAGACAAGUCCUGGGCCGGCCGUGAGUGGUUCGUGGUCAAGAAGGCCGAGAUCCGCAUGUCCGAAGACAACGCGCUGAUCCCGCACGUGAAGAUGGGUGUCGAGGCACGCGAGCAGGUGGUCACCAAGAAGGGUCUGGAAGAUGCCCCCGUGACGCUUCCGCACCACCCCCUGAAGAAGUUUGCGGAUGCCUUCACGCGCAACUUCGACCUGAUUGCCGAGCGCAAGAGCGUGGUCUUCCACUUGCGGGAGUUGGCGAAGGCUUCCAUCAUGGCCAAGUACCUCAUCGAUUCCAAAGCUCGCUUGGACCCCACCUGGUACAAGCUGGCAGAUGAGAUUGUGAAGUCUACCGAGCCAGAGCCUUACCCUCAGAUCCCCCAGCUCUGGAACAUGCGCGGGAACUCCCGGAUCAAGCUGAAGGAAGGCCGACUGGUGGACAUGGUCACCGGGGGCCAGAGCAAUCUCCAAGCCAUCUACGGCGGCGUGGAGUUUGGCCUUGAUCGCUUCGAGCUGGCGCAGCGCCAUGCCCUGCAGGGCCAAAAGCCCAGUGUGCCGGGAGUUCAGUUGGCCCAGUCGGGUCGCCCCAUGUUCAUGCCCCAGCGCUUCCAGCUGGGACAGCGGCCUGAGAUGCCACAGGGUGUGGACCUGAACUUGGACAAGUUCUCCUUGUCCACAGAGGAACGCUUUGCAGGGCGCUUGCCACCCUGCAGCGGGGAUGCAGAUUCUUUAGAGGGCCGCACCUUGCUGGGCAAAGCAUUCCUCCAAAGCCUGCAGCAGAAGUCCUUUGCCGGCGUGAAGGCAGAGGACCAGAGCCUCCUGCUGAACGUUUACGGUGUGCCGCAGUGUGACCGUGCCGAAGAGGGGGAUGCCUUCAUCCCGCCCGACCCCAACCUUGAGUACAUCACCAAGGUCCGCAACCUGGUGGGCGAGGAGAAGACCUUGCGCGAGCGCCGCAAGCAGCGCUUCAGUGACAAGACCUUUGCCGUGACCAACCCUGGCUUGGAUUUCCCACGUUCCUGGACGCCACGCUUUCAGGUCGAGAUGGAGGGCCGCGUCUCACACACGGCGCCCACGAAGUUCGGCUUGAAGAAGCUGGAGGUGGACGAGGCUUUCCAGCGCGGGCUCCUGGAGAACGUGCUGCCCUCCGCCGCGCCCGAGUUCAACCAAGUCACGGAGGACGGCAUCGUGUUCCGCAUCUACAAGAUCGGAAGCCUGGAGGUGCGUACCACGCAGGAGGUGGACGGGCCGGAGGCGAUCGUAGUGGUGUUCUCCAGCGGCGCGGCCGCCUGGGAAGCUAAGGCUGUGGAGUCAGAGGAUGCGCUGGGCCGGGAGCGGCUUGUGAAGUGCAAGGUCUACGUGGAGGCCAUGGAGCAGGAGUCGCAGCCUCAUUUGGCCAAGGAUGCCCGCACAGGCUGCAACUUCUACAUCGUUCUUGAGACGGAGAAGAAGAAUCGUAUUGUUACAGAGGCCCUGAGCGCUGGGUCCCUAUCCUGGGUGCAGAACCCACACAGCCUCGAGGACAGAAACUCGCUGGCUAAGCUGCUCUUCACCGUGGACUGCAAAGAGGGUGUCUACGCACGCGACGUACAGCAGCUGCAGCGCACGCUG